UGUCUUCCCGCUUGAGUAGGUAGGAGAAGAGGAUAAAAGCCAGAGUCGACACUUGGCUGUCACACUGCUUUCUAACCGUAGACGUGUCCAUAGCUGAAAGAUCACAAUGAAGAUCAUACUCGUGUGUCUUGCCCUGGUCGGCGCCACCUACGCUCAGCAUUUAUCGCGGGAUGAAGUCGAGAGAAGAUGCUUGGUUGACAAACCAGACGUGUCACAAGGUGUCGCCUACGUCGCAGAUCUCGAUUGCGCAUUUUUCUGGCAGUGCGACUUCGCCUACAACCUACUGAAAAAUGUCACCCUCAAAGUAUGCCCAAUCGGAACCUUGUGGGCCUCCCGCGCCAGCGCAGAAACCCCGCCAGCAGUGGGCCAGGAGCGAGUGGUGUGCAUCAGCUGUGAGAUGCAGAACGACCCUACCUGUCAGGCCCAGCACCCCGAAGGAUCGGCACAGUGCCCACUGCCUCCACCACCUGUAAGUACCACAACGGAAGCACCACCAGCUCUUGGAGACAAGAGAUGUAUACUCAUGCCCCAGAAAGCGGCGUACCAAGAAAUCGUAGGGGAAGUAAGCAAGGUUUGGUACCUGAACAGAAACGAAACGGUUAGCUGUGGACAUCUUCUUUUCAAUUUUGAAAAAUGUCACUGCGACGCGGCACCUGAGUUCCCUAUGUAUUGGUCUUUUGAGAAGAACUUGAACUCCUACGCCAACAGGGCUUUUGCCGCCAACGAACCAGUGGGCUCCGUUGGUUUGCAUGGGGAUGGCUGUGUGGAAUUCAACGGAACAGGCGGUCUACAAAUCCCAUACUUCAAGAACGGACGUAACAGGGAAAAUUGGGUAGUUGGUGUUGUCUUCAACAGAGAUGUGAGCCAAGACUCUGUCAUUCUCUACAAGACCCCUUCUAUUUUCAUAAACGGUGAUGUGAUCUCUGCCUCUGCAUCGGUCAUGGAUUACUUCGGCAACAAGACCACCCUGGAAGUCUCAGUCACCGCACCUGGGGUAGGAUUCCUGGCCGUGGUUCUGAGGUUUGACGGCACCACUCUUACCCUGAGCGUAUAUGAUGAAAGCGGAAACUUAUACCAGGACUCUGUUAAUGCCCCAGGAGAAGCCGCCAUUCCAUGGGCUAUCUUUUACCCCCCACAGGAGCCUCUAUUCGUCGGUCACGUACCCGCCGAUGCUAACCCACCACCAGGUCUUCCAGGAAGCUAUUCUGGCAAAAUCUGUAUGGUGAGUAGCCUAUUUUACAUUAUAGAUAAACUUGUGGACCCAGAUUUUUUGCCCACUUUUGCAGGGGGAGGGGGCAUAUAUCAAAAGCAUAACAGGCAAUUGUUUAUUAUAAAAUAGCGGACGAAUUUUUGU